AUGCAGGCUACAGAUAAUAGUGACUCAAUCCACUGUGGAAGUGGAGAGAAGAGAAAGUCAGGAGAAUUUGCUGAGAAACGUGAUGAAGAGUAUGAGAGAAAGGAGUCACAGCUAACCAAAGCACACUUCGGAAAGACGCUCAACGCAUACUGCAACCCAACUGAUGUAGUCGGUCCUCCUAAUCAAAAGGGGGCGCUGUGGGUUACUGCCAGUCCGCCCAAGCCGCCCACUUUCUCCGGCCAGGCUGCACCUUCUCCCUCAAGGCGGCAGAGGACGUGUGCGAGUCGCGAGGAGAUUCCUCGAGGGGCGGGUCCUGCGCGAGGGGCGGGGCCUACGGGAAAAUUUGCAGUGGUGAGGAAAUGUAUAAAGAAAGAUUCUGGAAAAGAAUUUGCAGCAAAGUUCAUGAGAAAAAGAAGAAAAGGCCAAGAUUGUCGGAUGGAGAUAAUUCAUGAGAUUGCUGUACUUGAACUAGCACAGGACAGUCCUUGGGUCAUUAAUUUACAUGAAGUAUAUGAGACUCCAUCAGAAAUGAUCUUGGUUCUGGAAUAUGCUGCUGGGGGUGAAAUCUUUGACCAGUGUGUGGCUGACCGAGAAGACGCCUUUAAAGAAAAAGAUGUUCAGAGGCUCAUGAGACAGAUUUUAGAAGGCGUCCACUUUUUACAUACUCAUGAUGUAGUUCAUCUUGAUCUGAAGCCUCAGAAUAUUCUGCUGACCAGUGAAUGUCCAUUGGGUGACAUUAAGAUAGUUGAUUUUGGCCUCUCAAGAAUAGUGAAGAACAGUGAAGAGCUUCGGGAAAUUAUGGGUACUCCUGAAUAUGUUGCUCCUGAAAUUCUUAGUUAUGAUCCUAUCAGCAUGGCAACAGAUAUGUGGAGCAUUGGUGUGCUAGCAUAUGUCAUGCUUACAGGAGUAUCGCCUUUCUUAGGCGAUAAUAAACAAGAAACGUUCUUGAACAUCUCACAGAUGAAUUUAAGCUAUUCUGAGGAAGAAUUUGAUGGUGUGUCUGAGUCGGCUGUAGACUUCAUCAAGGGCCUUUUACUUAAGAAACCUGAAGACCGAGCCACUGCUGAGGAGUGUCUCAGACACCCGUGGUUGACCCCGAGCAGUAUUCCUAGUCCACACAAAGUGAAGGGAGCAGUGGAAGCAGCAAGCAUCUUGCAAGAAGGUGAUUCUGGGGCUGACGUUGGCAAAGAUGCUGAGAAGCCAGAAUCUGAAGGAUCGCUUGUGACAGAGGAGUUAAUUGUAGUUACUUCGUAUACUUUAGGACAAUGCAGACAGUCUGAGAAAGAGAAAAUGGAUCAAAAAGCCAUUUCUAAACGAUUCAAAUUUGAGGAACCACUGCUACAAGAAAUUCCAGGAGAAUUUAUCUACUGAGCUGUUCUCCCGUUAAAACUUUUAAGAUUUCUCCAUUGGAAUGUUAAUAUUAUUUAUGGACCUCUGAGGCUGGGUGUGGUGAAAAAACACAAUUUUGUCACGCUUUCAGAGUUAAGUGAAUCAAACCAGGUUUAUACAAUUGCCAGGCACCAAUUUAACAGGUAAAGCUGUCUGUUUCAGUGUUCUAUUUUAAGAAGAAAGCUGUUUGUACCUUUCAACAUCCCAUUUCUCUAGACUGAGACUUAUGUACAAAGAUACUUGUAUUUACUUUAAAAGGCCAAGUAAAAAUGCCACAGUGACACUUCCAGUAGAUCUCUUCUGCGUUAUUGUGUGAACCUGUACCUGCGUGUAUGUAUUUACUAAAACAGAUCAUUGUUUCAUUUUGGAUUUGUUUGGGAGGAUAAGAUUUCCAUUUAUAUACCUUUAAAUUUUGAAGAUGUACAGUAUGUAACUACAUUAAGUGCAUUUGGCUUCUUUAUAUUGUCUGGUUUUGCCUAAUGCUUAUAAUUUAUCAGUUGCUAAUUUUUUUUCUCUUCAGUAUCACUCAAGUGAUUUUUCAUCUCUGAAAUUGUUUUGGUUCUCUGUCAGCGGGUGAUAUUAAAACAUGUGUCUUUUUCCCUCUUUAUAC